AUGAUUUCAUGGUUUCCUUAUUUUUUGUUCCUCUUUGAACGCAUCAAAGGGGGAACAUGUUAUUGCCUCACCUGCUCACUGAACAACAUUGCGCAGUACACAACAUUCAGCUUCUCUGCCAGCAGGUUGUGCAGCAUGGAACAGCUCGACUCCACUGUGGUCACUUCAAACAUCUCCUCCUCUCCUGUACCUCCACCUCCUCCCUCCUGGGACUCCAGCAGUCUGGUCACUGCGGUGGUGCUGUCCCUCUGCUUCCUGCUGGGAGUUCCUGGAAACACCGCCGUGAUCAUCCUCAAGCCAAACAGGCAGCACCUAUCCAAUCUGAGCCAGACUCUGAUGCUGAAUUUGGCCAUGUCAGACCUGCUCUGCCUGCUCACCCUGCCCUUGUGGAUUUACACCUUUCUGUACAGCUGGACCCUCGGCCUGGUGGCCUGUAAGCUUCUAACGUAUCUCGUGUACUGCAGCCUUUAUGGGAGCCUGCUGACUGUGACGGCGCUGAGUGUCCAGCGCUACCUACAGGUGGUGUACCUGCAGAAGUGCUUGCCCCAGGCAGGAAAGAGGAGGCUGCUGGCUCUGCUCUGGCUGGUUGCGAUGAUCCUGUCCAUCCCUGCUUUAGUGGUUCGACAGCUGGGCACAGACGGGUACUGGACAAAGUGUGAAGGUCAAUUCUCUUCCCCGGCCCAGCAGGUGGCCGUGCUGCUGACAGAGUCCCUGGUGGGAUUUGUUUCAUUUUCUGUUGUGGCAUUUGCGUACAUCAGCCUCCACAGGAAGGUGCACCAGGCAGCUUUCUUCAACAACCCACAGACAACCUGGCUGGUCACCAGUAUCAUCGUGACUUUUUUUGCUCUAUGGAUGCCAUAUUUUAUCAUAAAUGUGCUUGGUGUUGCAGCUAUUGCAGCUAAAAGUGAGGGCCUGUUGAAGUUUUGUAUGAACAGCUGGAACAUCGUUGGAUCACUGACAUUUGUGAAUAGCUGCCUGAAUCCACUCCUUUAUGCAUUUGCUUCUAGAAACAUCUGCACCAUGUGCAAAAAAGCUAGGCAUAAAUAUUGUUGUUAAUGCAGAAGCUCACCUCUCCAGGAAGUCUAAUCAUUUGAAGGAGUAUGAUCGAUGAAAAGCCACCAGA